AUGCCCAACGUCAAGCAAAUAAUAGAUGGCCACAACAAAGCCAUCCUGAAGACAGCAGAAACAGUGCAGCCACAGAAAAGCGAAGGGAACACGUGUAGCUGUAGGAAAAAAGAAGACUGCCCGCUAAACGGAGAAUGCCUGGUGAGUGAAGUCGUGUACCAAGCCACUGUCACAACCGGAGACGAAAAAGAGACAUACGUCAGUCUCACAGCAACUCAGUUCAAGGCAAGAUACAGAAACCACCUGAUGUCAUUUAGACAUGAAAAGAGAAGGAAUGAGACUGAGCUGAGCAAGCACCUGUGGCAGCUAAAGGAGGCAAAUAAGGAAUUCAAUAUCACGUGGAAAAUACUC